AUGACGACAAUGAAUUCUGCUCAGCUUGUGGCGGGCAUUUCGAAGCCCAUUGCAACGGCAGAAGAACUUGAGAUGGCCAGGAAAGGCAACAGGUUUGUCGUCAAAGCCAUCGACAAGGGCGACAUGCUUCGCAGCAUUCCCAACGCCUUUGCUAAGAAGUUCUCUGGUCGUCUAAGGGACGUCUUAAAAGCGCAAAAGGGAUUACAGGAGCAUCCCUACACGCUGAUGCAUAAGGAAGAGCCAGUCCGAUUCGUCGUGCAAUGGAUGACGAGUGGCGGUAUGGACGCGACGGGGCCUGAUGCGUUGCUGUACCCGAAGGGUAACGUCAAGCAUCUGCAGAGUCUUCAAAAGCUUGCAGAAUUUCUUAAGAUUGACAUGCUUCUCGAACGCGUUGAAGCUGAUAUCAAAGCUCUGCGAGAGGGUCCCGUUGCCAAACAAAAGCCGAAGAACAUUAAGAAUGGAGUGCCACAAAAUCCCAAAAGGAAUCAGAAGUGUUUCAAUUGUAAUGACCCGCGUCACAUUCAAUUGAGAUGCCCUUUACUGCCCUUCCAACAAGUCGGAGACGGCGGAUGGUGGAAGUAUGAUCCGGCGAACGUCAAACCUGAACCGUUCCAUGCAGUCAAAGAGCCAAGGGCAAUUGUCACAAAUGGUGAUGCGAAACUGGAAGCGCAGCCACAGCCAGAGAACGACUUGCCAAGUGAUGGUGCCAAAGAGAAUAUUGUCGACAAAGCUGGAGCCGGACCAAUGAUCAGUAGAGCUGCAGAGGACAUCGAGGAGCCGAAAAAGACUAUCCAGGAGACAGAGACAGUUGCUGAAGAGCUCAAGGUCACCGAGAUAAAGCAUCUCUCCUUUCUCGGCACGAGUUUUGUUAUCCAUGAUCAGGAUGACAACCAGUGGAUCUUCCCAAGGACUAAGAUCGCUUUGACUGUGGAAGGCAUUGGUGCUGACGGCCAGCUUAAGUUCAGUGGCAGCGCUCCCUUCGAAUACUCAUGGUACCCACUAGACGAGCAGAAGAAAGCGGAAAUGGAAGCAGCGCCGGUGGGCCUUGCCAAUGGACCUGUGAAAGUGGCAGCCACAAAUGGGGUCUUGCAAUCCACAGUUAAGGCCAAGAAUAUAAUGCCGCAUCAAGAAACUGCCCAAGGACCAGGGCUAAAUGUCGCCUCGGGACCGGGUAAGGCGAACACGGGGAAGAAGCCCAGGCGGUCGAAGAAGGCACCAAAGAAAACUCCGCAGUAA